AUGGGAUGUAUGUUGGGACAACACUGUGAAUCCAGAAAAAGGGAACGAACCAUCUAUUACUUGAGCAAGAAAUCCACAGCAUGCGAGAUGAACUACUCGUUGCUAGAAAGGACAUGUUGUGCCUUGGCAUGGGUAGCUCACCGUUUGAGGCAAUAUAUGUUGAGUUACACUACUUGGUUGGUGUCCAAAAUGGAUCCCGUCAAGUACAUCUUCGAAAAGCCCGCUCUUACUAGGAGAAUAGCUCGGUGGCAGGUUUUGUUGUUAGAAUUCGAUAUCGUCUAUGUCACUCAGAAGGCAAUAAAAGUGAGUGCUUUGGCAGAUUAUCUAGCUCAACAACCCAUAAAUGAUUAUCAGCCUAUGCAUCCAAAAUUCCCUGACGAGGAUAUUAUGGCCCUAUUUGAGGAGGAGGUUGAAGAUGAAGACAGAGAUAAGUGGGUUGUGUGGUUUGAUGGUGCAUCUAAUGCACUAGGUCAUGGAAUUAGGGUAAUGUUGGUUUCGCCAGACAAACAAUGUUUGCCUUUCACGGCUAGGUUGUGUUUCGACUGUACAAACAAUAUGGCGGAGUACGAGGCAUGCACCCUAGGGAUCCAAGCAGUAAUUAACUAUAGGGUUAAGUUGCUCAAAGUAUAUAGAGAUUCGGUGUUGGUAAUUCAUCAGUUGAAAGGUGAAUGGGAGACCAGAGACCACAAGUUGGUUCCUUACCAGGCUUACAUCAAGGGAUUGAUGGAACUCUUUGGUGAUAUAUUAUUCCAUCACAUACCUAUAGAGGAAAACCAGAUGGCCAACGCCCUUUCCACUCUAUCGUCCAUGUUCAAAGUAAGCCCUCACAAAGAUUUCCAUGCAUCGACAUCAAAUGUCGUGUUGAGCCUGCACACUGUUGUUUGA